AUGUCUCGUGUAGCUGAUGUUAUGGCUCGUAUCGCCAUCCCAGUUGGUUUAACUGUAAGUGCCAUUCAAUACUCGAUGUAUGAUGUCAGAGGUGGUCACAGAGCAGUCAUUUUUGAUAGAUUGCAGGGUGUUCAGCAAGCUGUCAUUGGUGAAGGUACUCAUUUCCUAGUUCCAUGGUUACAAAAAAGUAUACUUUUCGAUGUUAGAACAAAGCCAAAGAACAUUGCUACGAACACCGGCACGAAGGAUUUGCAAAUGGUAUCACUAACAUUGAGAGUUUUGCACAGACCAGAUGUGAUGCAACUACCCAAGAUUUAUCAAAACUUGGGUAUUGACUACGAUGAAAGAGUUUUACCAAGUAUUGGUAAUGAAGUUUUGAAGGCCAUUGUUGCCCAAUUCGACGCAGCCGAAUUGAUUACACAGAGAGAAAUUGUGUCUCAAAGAAUCAGAGCCGAACUUUCCAAGCGUGCUGAUGAGUUCCAUAUCAAACUUGAAGAUGUCAGUAUUACACAUAUGACAUUUGGUCAAGAGUUCACCAAGGCCGUUGAACAAAAGCAAAUCGCACAACAAGAUGCUGAAAGAGCCAGAUUCCUUGUUGAAAAGGCGGAACAAGAGAGAAAGGCUGCGGUUAUUCGUGCCGAAGUGAAGCUGAAUCUGCAGACUACAUUUCCAAGGCAUUGA